UCUGGCGGUUUUCCUGUAGUUAGGUGGGUGAAUGCCUGAGCGGGUGGGGAUAAUCUGGAGAUGCCACGGCCCAAAGAGUGUUUAAUUUAUGCAAGGAGGGUGGAGAGAAGGAGUGGUAUUUGGGAUUAAGCAGAUUACCCUCAUUAGCACAUGCCUGUGUACGAAUGGACAAGACAGUUGGCUCAGUUAGAACCUCCGCAGGUGCGAGUCUGGAUAUCAGGAAAACAGUAGCCUAUACAGCAGCAACAUUUUAAGGAUGAUUUCUCGACGGGUGAGCCUCUCUGGAGUUGCGUGGAUUUUGGUGCUGUACCAUCCGCACAUGCUCAAGUACUGACACGAUGUGGCGUUUGAGGUUUUAAAUCAUCAAACAACAUGAAAACCAGACCCACUGUCAAUGGCUCCAAUGCCGACUGGAUGGGCUCGCUUGCCCCUAAACUCACCUCGAUGCCUCUGAAGCAUUUGGCUGUGCCAGGGUCUCAUGACUCCUUCAGCUUCUGGGUGGAUGAGAAGGCUCCAGUUGGACCUGACCAGAAAGCUGUGGUGAAACACCUUGCGGCAGUGUUCCGUCUACUGGCGAAAAAGGUGAUGAAGAAGUGGUCUAUGACCCAGAAUCUCACCUUCAAGGAACAACUGGAGGGCGGUAUUCGCUACUUCGACCUUCGCGUGUCCUCUAAGCCGGGCGAACCGGGCCACGAGAUCUACUUCAUUCACGGGCUGUUCGGGCACAAGGUGCGCGACGGCCUGAACGACAUCAACAAUUUCCUCAAUGUUCACCGUAAGGAGGUGGUGUUUCUGGACUUCAACCAUCACUACGCCAUGGAGGAGGAACACCAUCGCUACCUCCUUACCAUGCUACAGCAGGUGUUCGGCUCAAAACUGUGCAAGAUCUGUGUGGUGGAGGAGAUCUCGCUCAACUACCUGUGGGAGCAAAAGUAUCAGGUUCUGGUGUUCUACCACCACACGUCCGCUGAUAGUUGCCCUAUGAUGUGGCCGGGAAACAAGAUCCCGGCGCCCUGGGCCAACACCACGAACACUACCAAGCUCGUCCAGUUUCUGGAGACCACACUGGAGGAGCGAGCCAAGUACGGCACCUUCCACGUCUCCCAGGCUAUCCUCACGCCGCAAGUCAAGACGAUCGUCAAAGGCCUAGUCCGAGGACUACGCAAUCACCUGGUGGAAAGAAAUCUACCAAAGAUAAUGACCUGGGUGGAAGCCCAAAAGCCUGGUGUAGAUGGAGUGAACAUCAUCACGUCAGACUUUGUGGAGCUAGUUGACUUUGCUAACACUGUGAUCAAAUUAAACAACCUGCUUCUUGAAGACAGAGCUGUCAGGUGAUCUCUGCAGGUACCAGCUGUCACAGGUAGUCCGCCAAAGAGCCAAGGGUCACUCUUGUCACAGAGCCAAGACGGUCAGCUUAUCAGCAGAGGACACUAUGAUUGGACCGACUCCAAGAGACAGUGCUCAAGCGGCCGCCCCAGAGCCGUGCCGUGCCGCGCCACGCCGCACCACAGUGAUGACAUUGAGCUGUAAACAUCAGCGUUGUCUACGCCUUCACUACAGCACGCGAGGCAGUGGAGAGCGGGGGCUUAACCAAUCAUGGUCUAAGUCAUUAGUAAUGGAGCCAAGGAUUAUCUGCAUUGUGCUGUUGCUCUCGCAAUGUCUCACAGUUGCCUAAAAGUUCGGGCUGUAUAGUGUUUCACUUUUUCAGGCUCUGAGCCUAUAUUCUGGACUGCUUUCAUAGUCUGUGGGUAGUGGAUUUCAUUCAGACUCAAACACAAUUGCAAGCAAUACACGAUCUCUCUCUCUCUCUCUCUCUCACUACCACAACACAAGCAGAGGCCAUCAUUUGUAGUGAUUACUUGCUAUUUAUUAUGGUUUUUAAUCAUGUGUUUUAAUAUCUGAUAUUAAAAUCACGUUGUUUUCAAACUGAGUGUCAUCAGGUUAGCCAUCACGUCAUCCAGAAGUCUUCUGAGCCAGAGAUUGGCUCACUUCACACCUUGUACUGUAAAUGGUUGUUCAACCCAGCAGACCAAAAUGUGUAUGAAAACACUUUCUCUCUCUCUGGUUGUCAGGAGGUGGGCACUGUGGUGUGGUCUGGAGAGUAUUCACACCGGGUGCAAGUGGGAACAAACAGCAUACCGAUAGAUUUGUGGCACGCUGCUCUGUGUUUCUGUUGGGGCGGUCAGUCGCUCCACUUGUGGUUAGAAAUAAGAGCUGUGAAAGUAGAUAUCACAGUUUGUGGGUUUCACUCACGUGACUUUGCUGGUGUGGAUAGUCCCAUUUGCCCUUCAAUGCCAGCUAUAGCUCAGCCACCACCUGUAAGAUUAAAAUGGGAUCUCCGCUAAAGUCCAUUCUCGUGAGAUGAUUUUGUAUUCCUUAUUACAAUGGGUAUUGUGACAAGGUGUUUACAGGAACUGUUCCCUAAAUCCCCCUUGCCCAAGCCAACAGCAACAAUGACAUGCAAGCGACGCCGUAAAGGAAGAGGCCUUGAACAGAACCUGCAUAAGGGUGCAGUCUGAGUCAAACUGAUGGUGUGAACAGUGCAGCCAAACACUAAAUCGGCAGGCUGCCAUGUGAACUGUGCACAGAGGACGGGAACCCACCUGUAGGUGAAGAGUUAACUGGUUAACCCACAUCUAACCACAAGCUGCUCCAGGUGACCAUUUCCACAUUUCUGUGGAGUAAGUUGGAUAUAUGGGAUAUGCAGAAUUGGAAAGUACCAAAUAUUGUGUAUGGGGUUGCACAUUUAUUGCAAAUGCCUCAAACGUAUGGAAAGAUAUAUUAAAAUCUUGUCCGUUCACCUACAAAA